AUGGCGGCACCAUGCAAACCGUCAGACAGACGCACUGGAACUUGCAUUUCUGAUAGUUGGGUUGCGAAAGGGGUGUUGGGUCCCGCCGCUACAAGACGUUACGGCCGGGCUGUAGAAGUGGCGGGCUUGGACAUUCAGUGGUCUAGGACGCACACGGCGAUGGGGUGGGUACAGGAGAGUUGGUGGCCUACUAGCAUGCGUAUACGGCUGUAG